UAUCAUAGUCUGAAAACAAGUUGGCGAUUUCCGUUCAGCCAUUCCGAAGUUUCGUUUUUUUACAUUUCCAACAGAGAGAGAGAGAGAGGGGGUCCGCCAUGCUAUGGGAUUCUUGCUGCAUGAUGAUCGGAAAAACUCUGGAGAAGAGGGUUAUAUGGCAGCUGGGCUGGGGAAGACAGAAGUGAUCGCCCUCGGCAGUAUUUUAGGAGUUUUUGCCUUUCUGGUCUCGCUAGGAGUGGCGGCAUAUUGUUACAGGAUGUACGAUAUCUUCAAGCGAACAAAGCGUGGAUCCUCCAAUGAAUCAGGACGGAAACUGGUCUAUGUGCAACAAGAAAAACCCAGCAAGGCCGAAAAAACCCCGGCGUCCAACAAAUCCCUUCGCAAGAUCCUUAAAACGUCGAUGCCACCCCCAAAACCAAUAUUACGCAAUCCCCUUGUAAUAUCACAGAAAAGUAUGCCUUCAAGAAACCACAGGUCCCCACGGGAAGUUCAGAUUCACAACUCCUACCCCGGGGGUGUUCGAGUGAUACGCCUCAAUCAAGACCACGCCAAACCAAUGCUCGUGUACCGGCCCGGUCCCCCGAGACCCACGUAUACGCAAUCCCAUCUCCCCAACACUGUCCCCCAUCUCCGGCUGGGAGACUACAGACCUAAGAUGGUCAGUGGAUACUUCUCACCCAAUAACGUCAGGAGCAUGAUGGACGAUUUCCCCGUGAAUUCUGACACUUCAUUUAACAGCAGUGGUUCAAGGUUCACAUGGGUACCUGCUGAACCAGAAAAGGUAAAUUUCAUCCAACUAGACGAAAAAGGCACUCAAACUAAACCAGCAAAGGAAAGACGCAAAGUCACAAGGAAUUCAGCUACAUCAACAUCAGGUCACAAAUUUCCAGAUCCGACCACCGUAAAAACUAUCAAACAGAACUCCGACCUAACCCCACAAAUAACUCAAUACAUAGAGACUGGUAGUAAAUUUGUUAUCAUAGACUACAUUGCCUCUGAUAAUCAGAAGUCUGGAGAACUGCCUCUGUCCACAUCUACCCCGCGAGAUUACCAGGGGCUGACAACUGAUACAAAUCACAAUUUCGUUCCACGGCAGAGGAAACCGCAUGAGGGCUCCUUGGUGGAGAUACCAGCCUCUUGGGAGAAAUCUGUGUAGAACUUUGACUACAUUUCCUAUCAAAAUUUAUCAUCAUACUGUGAAACAUUUUUUUACUUUUAAAAAUAUGACUGCAUUUUUUUUUUAUACAGAUUGUGACUUGUAAAAAUUUGUGCUUUAAAAGGACUGUGUGGUACAUUGUAUUAUGCAUUUUUUACCCCCAAAAUCAAACUUUCAUAAAGAGCUUUAAAAAUAAGGUGAAAGAUAGUUAAAAUCAUACUGAAAAUAAGGUUGUAAAAGGUUAUCACCACAGUGACGUCAUAAUGUAGAAAUGACGUCAUGAAGAUUGUCUUAUUUUGAUAAAUUGAUGUUUUUGUAGCAAAAUAUGGGUGUUUUCCGAUGGUUUGGCGACUGGAAAACAUCGAGCACUGGCUUGCUCAAGUACCAUUUUUUUUGUAUAAUGUGUAUAACUAUCUGAAGAAAAACAUAUGUUAAAAUCGUACUUGAGCAGGCCUGCGCUCUAUGCUUCCGAAUGCAAAAUAUAUAGAAAAUAUAUAUAGCAAAUUUGUGGGAAUAAGGUCAUUUAUAUGACGUUAUAGAUACACAGGGAAUGAGCAAUGAUGACUAAAAUCAAAAUUAAAGUGAUAGGCAUCCUCUUUACAAUGAUUUAUGAAGAUUUGAUUUUUAUACGAUGCUAUUUGAAAAUUGGUUGAAAUCGGGGGCAGAUAUUGACCAUACUGCACAUAGUCCUUCCUAAUCCGAGUAGAAAUGAGUGUGGCUAUGUAUGCUAUUUUAAUUCAUAUUUAAUUUUGCAAUGUUUGCCUAAAGUCUACUGUAUUUUGCAAAUAAUGUAUUACUAUUAAUAAAAUAGAACUUGUAACCUUA